AUGUCCAAAGAGUACUAUUUCGUCAUAGUUGGCCACAACGAUCAACCACUCUACGAGAUUGACUUUCCGGUUGGUGGUGAGAAGAAAAAACGCGAUGAGACGAGACACCUCAAUCAAUUCAUCGCUCAUGCCGCACUCGACAUCGUUGACGAGCAAAUAUUAGCCACUGGAAAUAUGUAUUUAAAAACAAUCGACAAAUUCAACGAAUGGUUUGUCUCUUCAUUUGUGACGGCAAGCAGAAUACGUUUUAUGAUGUUGCACACGGUUAAAAACGAAGAUGGAAUUAAGCAAUUUUUCCAGGAAAUCUACGAGACAUUUGUGAAAUUAACGAUGAAUCCAUUCCAUGAAAUCAACGCGCCGAUUCGAUCGCCGGCUUUUGAACAGAAAGCAAUUUACUACGGACGAAAGUAUUUAUCC